CCGCGCGCACGUGGAGGCUCCGUCGUCGGUGCGGCGGGGCCCAAAGGGCGGCGCGGCGUUCGGCCUCUCCUUUAUAAGAGGGGAGAAGGGGAAGGAGGCGGAUGUGCUGCUCUUCUCUGCUUCGGCCGUUUGCCCCGAGCGCGAUGCCUAACCGCAAAGGCGCGCGCAACGCUUAUUAUUUCUUCGUGCUGGAGAAGCUGCCGGAGCUGAAGCGGCGGGGCCUGGCCGUGACGGGCGUGCGGGAUGCCAUCCCGUUCUGUUCCGACGACUGGGCGGUGAGCGGGGCGAGGCGAGGCGGGCCUCCUCUCUCUCGCCCUUCUUGGUCGGCGCGGGGAGCCAUAUGCUGACUGAGGAACAAAAAGAAAAGUAUGCAGAAAUGGCUCGUCAACGGAAAGCUAAGAAAUCAGAUGUAGCAACAAAAGAGCCGCCCAGGCAAGUCCCAGCACCUCUUCCCACAUUUCCUUCCACACAAACUGAGAAGAGAGUUUCUGCUCCAAACCUCAUUGGUCCACCUGGGAAGAGUGAUAAAGUUGUACUUGAAACCACAUUCUUCUACCUGAAUAUCUUCAGCCAUGGAGUUCUACCCUCUCAUUGCAAACAACGUUUCCUUCCUUGCGAAAUUGGAUGUGUGAAGUAUUCACUAAAAGACGGCAUAAUUGCAGAGUUUCAUCAUUUUUUAGAUCCUGGAGAGGUGCCAAGGGGAUUUCGCUUUCAUUGCCAGACAGCAAGUGAUGCUACACAUAGGAUUCCCCUAUCUGGCUUUGAGCUUGUAACUGCAAAUCAUUCCGUUGUGUUACGUGAGCUAUACUCAUUUAUUCAGCCACGGUGGGGCGCCUGGCCACCUGUGUAUUGUAAGUCUUCUGACCAGUUUAGGGUCAACUGGUGCCUGCAGCAUAUGGCUAGAGAAGUGGGCACAGUUAAUAAUCUGGAGAGUCUCUGUGUGGAAGACCUUGUUGUGGAGCUGUAUUAUCAGAAGCUUCAAAAGGAGCCUUCCAAGGCAUGGGUGUGUAACUCCCUGGAUGCCUCCAUGUGGGAUUACUCCAGCAAUACUAGGUGCAAGUGGCAUGAAGAAAACGAUGUAGUGUUCUGUGCUCUUGCUACUUGCAAGAAAAUUGCAUACUGUAUCAGCAAUUCCUUAGCCAAUAUGUAUUGUGUCCAGCUGACUGCAUCUCACUUACCCUUGAGUGAGAAGGAUUCCCAAAGCACAGCAAAUCCUAAAAUGGUGGUUCUGGAUGCUGGACGUUUCCAGAAAAUGAGGGCUGCUGAGCGCACUGGAAAUGAAAGGUACUUCCAAUCUCUUAAUGAGGAACUAGGUGCUGCCUCUUGUACUGGUCAGCAUCCUUCAGGAGUGAAAACAACAGGUGAAACAACAACUAGGCGUGGAAGAGGAAUUGCCCGGUUUCUGGAGAGCGUCUCAAAGCAGUCCAGCAGUUAGACAUUUGUAGUACAGUGCCUCCCAUUCAGAACAGCUCUGCAUAUAAUGAUUCCCACCAUUGUUGGGAAUAUAAAUACUUUAUAUUUCCUUGGUCUGUCAUGUGUUAAAUAUUAUCUUUGUUUAAUGAAAAAAGCCAUUCUAAUCCCAUUGCAAGGGGUAAAAUUUAAGUUUUUAAAAUAACAAAUGUUAUUGUGAGUUGUGAAAUAUUAUUUUUGUAUGUAGGAAUAUUAGUAGAAACUUGAAAUAAUGAAGUCAGUAGGAUAAGAGAUUAGAUAAUGAAACCAGAAGGGCAACUUUGUGAAAUGAUGUCUGGAUUUUUAAGUUCUGUUGUGCCUUUUCUUUAGAGCAAAGCCUAUUUACACCUACUGGUACCUUACUGAAGUAAACCUUUGCUAAGGAACCAGUUGCAAUUAUGUUUUUUUAAUAAGCUGUUAUACAUACAUGUUUUUUUAAUAAGUGUUAUACAUACAUUCAGUCAUUUAGUACAGAAAGCUUCUAAAUCUUAACCAUGAUAGACCAGCUUGUGUGUUUAAUUAAACACUUCUUUCCAAUUUGA